GUCUAAUCCGUCGACAAUGAGCGCUCCCAGGUCCCUUCUGAGGCUAUUUGAGACGGAGGAGGAUGAUGGAGCUAUGUAUGGGUUACCGACCCCACAGGCUUCCAACAAAGCCUUCAGCUUCCCGAUUCGGGCCGGUUCCGCUCCUCCCGGUACAACGGCGGCUUUCAACGAAGCCAAUAACACCGCAAACCUACCACCUUCAAGGCGAAUGAAAACAGACAGCCUUCAAUGUCCAUAAAGAUACCCGAUGUCAACGACGACGACGACAAUCAUAGUGGAUUUUCGUGGAGCUUUCCCAGCACGCCCUCUGGCCACGGAUUCGGUACCGCCGCCCAAGGUUCGAGCGGAUAUGGAUCAAACAACGGUCAGCAAUCUGUGGACGACGAUGACGACCUCGGAACCGUUAGACAUGCCCAUGGCUUCAAUCAACACCGCAAAGAGUCGUCCCCUGUGCCGUUUUACACUUCCAAUACAGCAUUCGCCUUUCCGAAAAGCCAAACAUCCUCACCUAUGGGGCGCACGCUGCCACUGGCGAGUCCUUCUGGCGCAGAUUUGCCUCCCAUGUCCAGUCCCUCGGCUUCACCACCCCGGAUUGCCGAUAGGACGGCCUCAGCGCUUCAGCUAUCGGCCUCUUCUCAAGCGGAGCGCGAUCCACCCUCGCGUCCAGGAAUGUUACGGCUGGCGUCAGUCGCUGUGAUGGAGCGAAGAGGCACGGAUGACCAGUCAAUAUCGUCACAUCGCAGCAGGCUAUCUUCGGGAAGCGAUUCUACCAAGUUUCGGCUUGGAUCCUUCUUGUCGAGACCAGGCAGCACGAAUAGGGCCGAUGCGGAUCGAAGUCAUCCCACAGUAGUCGAUGCUUCGCCCCCAAGAUCUCCAGGCAUGGAUCAUGGAGAGGGAUUGAGGCCUCCCCCCGCUAUCAUCGAUACAGGUGAUAUCACAUAUGGAGGUCCAGGAGGAAGCAUGCCCAACAUGCGACAAUUUGCAUCGGUACCUUCACCACUAGCAGCGCAACCGGUUUUGGCAACAUCCGCCGGCGGCGCGUCCCGCCCUAUCGUCCUCGAUCCCACAUCGACGAUGAAGCUUGUACCUAACGAAUCCUCAAGCACAGACCAUGCCUUCGUUCUCCCUGCCGCGGUCAUGGAUUCCCCGGACAUUCAGCAACCGCCGAUGGGACCCUCUCCCAGACCAAUUGAUAUAACCCGACUAGCGCAUUGCGACAGUCUUUUUGACGAGCUACAACAAACCGCUUCGGACCUCGGUGCUUGGCUGAACAUCAUUCAAGAUGGCCUCGAUGAUGUGUUGAGCGCGGAUAAAAUCACUGACAACGAGCUUCAAGAACCUGGCGCAAACUCUUACGUAUUGAUGGAGUCGCCUCGAGCAGUCCCUUAGAUGUUUGAGACUAGACACGAUAUAACGAUAACGACAACAUGACGAAACUUGUACAAUAGCAAAACGGAGCACGACGCGCACGAUCUAUAACUCGACGUCUUGGUAAACUUGCCGGUCCGAAUAGAGGUAACUGGGUCUGAGCGUUGCGAUCCGUUGUCCGAGAGGAUUGACGAGAUCCUGAGCCGAGUAGUACGGCUGUUGAUGCAGCAUGGCCGAACACGAGUCUGAUGUUGCAUGUGGGACUUUGACAGCGUACGGGAGAUGGUGCGGAAUGUUGGCCGAAGCUAUGU